AGUUUCCAAUAUUAGUGAUAUAUUUUACUGGAAUUUGUAAUGACCUAAAUUUUGGUUAUUUUCACGUUUGUUUUGUUUGUUGUCUCAUCUAAAAUAUAUUUUACUCCUUAACUAACGAGAAAUAUUUCGCUUAUAGUCCUCAAUUUUCACCUUAUAAAUGAUUCAUCGUUUUUCAAUGAAGCUCAUCCGACCGCAAGAACAAAAAACGAAGGGUGGCCGUGGGCUUCUACUGCCCGAUCGAUGUCUUUUUGAGGACGAAACACAUGGAAUACCACGCUCAAUCAACAUAUUUAUUUCUUGUUGACACUUAAGUUAUGUACUGAAAUAUUACACUGUAUCAAAAGAAUUGCUUUGUGAAGAUAUCCUGGACAGCUGUUUUUUGGUUGGCGAUCCACUUGCAGAAUUUGAGCGGAGUUCUUACUCGAAGAUUAUCAAUUGUGUUGCAAGAUUUAGUUCAUACUUUUUAUUGAAGUCAUGAAAGGAUUCUUCAUCUAUGUAGUAAUCUUGUUGGCCUUCUGCUAUAACUCUGUGUCAACAGAAGAGGUUACUCACUUCAACCAUCUCGAGAGUCUCCAAAACGAUCUCUUUUCCAACUACAGUAAGCAUAUAAUUCCACAGAAAAAAAAGGAUAUUCCUAUAAAAAUCAAGUUCGAUAUAGCUUUAAAUCAAAUUAUUGACUUGGACGAAAGACUUCAGACAAUAUCAACGAUAGUGUGGGUGAGAUUGUACUGGUCAGAUUUUCGACUCCAGUGGAAUAGCACCAAAUAUGGAGGUAUUAAAUCAUUUGUGACGUCAUCAAGGAAACUAUGGUUACCAGAUAUUACCUUAUAUAACAAUGCUAAUGAUAAUUAUGACAAAGACAAGGAAGAAUAUUAUGGUCUAACAGUAAAUGACGAUGGUAAAAUCGGCUGGUUCUACCCCACCAUCUUCAAGAGCUCUUGUACCAUAGACGUUACAUACUUCCCUUUCGACGAUCAGAAUUGUACCCUCAAGUUCGGUUCGUGGUCAUAUCAUGGCCUUUGCCUAGACAUCUACCACAGUGGUCCAGGAGAUACCAAGUCAUUCAUUGACAAUGGAGAGUUCGUCCUGGUCAAUAUGCCUGCAACGAAACAUGUCACUAAAUACCGUUGCUGCCCUGAACCAUAUCCUUACCUGACCUACGACAUCAUUAUUCGUAGAAGAACCAUGUAUUACAUACUUAACUUCUUGACGCCGUGCGUCUUGAUGUCUGCGCUGACUAUUCUAGGUUUCUUUCUUCCAGUGGAAUCUGGCGAGAGAAUGAACGUUGGAGUCACAGUUCUUCUUUCGUUGACUGUGAUACUUCUUCUGCUGGCCGAAGAGCUUCCGGCAACUUCCGAAGUGGUCCCGUUGAUAUCUCGUUACUACACAAUCACGAUGGUCAACGUUUUCAUAUCGAUCGUUUUUACGUGUGUCGUGCUGACGUUUCAUCAUCAUGCCCCCACUCCACUUCCUGCAUGGGUUCGUUUGGUUAUUUGCACAUGGUGUGCACGUGUGCUCCGGAUCAAAAAGUCGGCCAAAAAGUCCCACAAACGCGAAAAAAGUCAUAAAAGAAGCAAUUACUCUCUUAGUGAGGCCGAAGACCAUCUUUGUAAUGAAGAAAACUGUGAAAACUCCCAUGCAAACGAUGUGGGGAAUUCAAUAAACGAAAAUGAUGUAUGCAGAGUCAGUUUCCCUCUCAAAAGAACUUGUAUUUCCUCAGAGGAAAGACGAGCUGCUCUGCGGAGAAGGAUAGCGCAGAGCAGUUUGCCCACGAAUGGGCUAGACGCACUCGUUUAUCGAGCUAAACAAGACGAAGAGAAAGAACAAUACAGAGAAGAAUGGAGGUUUGCAGCUCGUGUGUUGAAUCACUUUUUCAUGUGGAUUGUGUUGACACUUGUCGUGUUCAAUUGUUUUGUCGUGAUAAUUAUAGCACCUUCGGCUAAUCUCGGAACUUAAAAUAUAAAAAGGUGAGUGAGGUGUAAAGAUUACAAGGAGGACGCUACAAUCACAGUUAAGAAAAAUCGUCGUGUGCUAAGCACGGUCGUGCCUGGAUUCUGGACAUAACCAUUAUUACCUCAGCGACCUCGAAGACAACCGAAAACUUAAGAAAGUUUUUGACUGCAUUUGCUCCAUUCUCGAGAAUCUCUUUGAUUUGACACUGAGUUCAUUCAGUACCAAUAAAACGCCGAAAAUUAUCCACGGUGCAAAACUUCUGUCUCUAUCCGCAGCAAAUUGUUUUCAAGGAUUUUGAAAAUCAGUGUAAGACUGAUGGAGUUCAUAACUGGACGAAAGACGAUAACCAAAGGACAAAUAAACCCUUAUAAAAAAAGGAGAUGGAAAAUUCUUCAACUCGAACUAAAUUGCUAGCUGACAGCAGCAACUGUUAGAAUCUUUAACAUUACAAAUUCAAUCUAAGCUUUAUUGAACUGAGCAGACUCAUAACGAACGCGCUCUCAUGUGAGAUAGUUUCAUGUGAAACUGUCUUAAUGUGAAAUAAAAUAUCAAAUUUGUAGAAAUAGAUAUGACUUACUAUAUUGAAAGCUAAAGAACAAAAGUAGAAAAUAAUGAAAAUGCGCGUUCAUGGAAGGGCCACAACAGACUACAGCAUUAGAACAAUCACAGCUAUCGUACUACGAACUACUGGUCGUCCAAUCAGAAGGCUCGUAAUAUGUAUCAACGUACGGCACAUGAUUUUGCAACAUUUGUUUUAAAGCGAAAUCAAAGGCUUAAUUUAACUAGAAAAUAAUAGUCAAGCCAUGAAUUGGAAAUUCAUUUGUCCCUUUUCUUCUUCGGUGAAUACCGCUGAGAUACAUGUCAGCAGAAUCAUUUACACAGGCUUAGCCUCGUUUAAGGGCAAAACAUUUUUUCAAAAAGUCAACUGUUAUGUAAAUAUGGGCAAGUUGGACAAUACAUACCAAUGUUUUGGAAUCCACUGACUUCUAA